UAGUAAUGAAUUCUUAGCAGAUAUUUUCUUCCAUUCAGGUACUUGUCGAUUUGCACACUUUCUAGAAGGCCUCACACACGCCUUAGACUGUCAACAAGCUGGCUGGUUGUCAGUAGUGAAUGCAAUGGCUUCCAUAGCAACUGAUCCCCAGGAAGUUGGAGUGACCCCUGUCCCGCCUUUGACUCCGCCUAGCCAGGCCUCCCCUUUUUUCUCUGUAAGGGAAAUCAAGAUAGCCGCGAAGGUGACGAAGGUGACGCUGGAACCCUUCGCCUGCUGCAGCAGGGACUAGCGUGUGCACGUCAGGUUCCCUCUGUGGCAACCAAGGCCCAGCCCGUUGCACGGCUCAAGAGCUUUUAGGAGGCAGAACUGGGACAUUUUGUCUCCAAUUCAGUGGGAGUUUUUCAGCGACGAGGCUUUGUGCAAGUUCAUGUGUGUCUGCUCCCUUUUGCUGCUGAGUGGCAGGACUGGCCCUCCAAGCUCAGUUUAGCGGGCUGCUCUGCCCCGUUGGGCUCUUAGGCUGCAGCUGGGCAGCCUGCCGUUAGAGGCUCCCGCACCAGUCCUAACUCCCUCCACAGCCCCGUGCAGUUGAUCCGAAUUCUGAAAUCAAGUCGCUAAAUGAUGGCCACAGCUCCCGCUGUCCUGCGAGCGUCCGGGCUCUGCCAACGGGGCCCGAGGAGCUGGGCGCUGCUGCCAAGUUCUCCAAAGUUGAGGCCUGGUAGCCCGGUCUCUCCGGCCUCUGCUCGCAGGGUGGCGACGGUGACCCUGGAGCCUGCGAGCCGCUGCUGCUGGGACAGGCCGGUGAGCAUCAUCGUGAGGGGCCUGGCACCGGAGCAGCGGGUCAUGCUGCGCUCGUCCCUGCGCCGCGACGAGAAGGGCGAGCUGUUCCGGGCCCACGCGCGCUACUGCGCCGAUGCUGGCGGCGAGCUGGACCUGAUGCGCGUGCCAGCCCUGAGCGGCAGCUUUGCGGGGCUUGAGCCCAUGGGGCUCUUCUGGGCUUUGAAGCCCGAGAAGCCCCUCCUUCGGCUGGUGAAGCGGAACGUGCAGACACCCUUCAUCGUGGAGCUGGAGGUGCUCGACGGCCACCAGCCCGAGGAAGGACGUCUCCUGGGCCGGGCGGUGCACCAGCGAGACUUCCUUGCGCCUGGGGUGAGGGGGGUACCGGUGCUCGCGGGCCGGGUGCGCGCCACUCUCUUCCUGACGCCAGGUGAAGGGCCCUUCCCUGGGAUCCUCGAUCUCUUUGGUAGUAGUGGUGGCCUCUGUGAAUACAGGGCCAGCCUCCUGGCUGGACAUGGUUUUGCUGUGCUUGCUCUGGCUUAUUUCAAAUUUGAAGACCUCCCUAAAUAUCUAGAGGAACUGCACUUGGAGUACUUUGAAGAAGCCGUGGACUUCAUGCUGCAGCAUCCAAAGGUGAAAGGCCCUGGUGUGGGGCUUCUUGGAUUCUCCAAAGGAGGUGACCUGUGUCUCUCAAUGGCUUCUUUUUUAAAGGGCAUCUCAGCCACUGUAGUUAUCAAUGCCUGUGUGGCCAACACACUAGCUUCUCUGCAUUAUAAAGAUAUGAUUAUUCCUGACCUUGGCAAUGACAUAGAGAAAUAUACAACCACUGAGUCAGGCCUUCUAGAUUUCAUGAAUAUUUGGAACAAUCCACUGAAGGAACCCUACCGCCAAAGUCUUAUUCCACUGGAAAAAGCCGAGGGGCCUUUCCUGUUUAUUGUUGGCCUGGAUGAUCGUAGCUGGAACAGUGAAUUCUAUGCUCAUAUAGCCUCUGAACGGUUACAAGCCCAUGGAAAAGAGAGACCCCAGAUACUCUACUGCCCAGGAACUGGUCACUGUAUUGACCCACCUUAUUUUCCUCCUUCUAGAUUCUCUGUACAUUCAGUAUUGGAUCUAGCGAUACUCUAUGGAGGUGAGCCAAAGGCUCAUUCAAGGGCACAGGUAGAUGUCUGGCAGCAAAUUCAAAUUUUCUUCCAUAAGCAUGUCAAUGGGAAAAAAUCUGUCAAGCUCAGUAAAAUGUAACAUUAUAAUCACAGAUGAGAUACUAUUAAUAAAAAUCCUAUUCAUACAGCA